AUGGCGGCCGUCCGACUGCGCAAAGCGUUCCGAUAUCCAGAGGACUCGGACGAGGAGCACGAGGAACUUGAUGAGGUGGAACAGGAGCGGGUCAUCCAGCGGUUGCAGGGACAGAAUGAUGCGCGCAACGCUCAAUACAGUUUGAUCUUCACCAUCAUCCCACUGCUCUCCGCAACUAUCUUUCUACCAUCGGUGCUGUCUGCAGCCAGUGUAGCUGAGCGGUUCCUCUCGCUCGUGGGUCUUGCCUCGCUGUCCGUGACGGCCUAUAUCAUGAGGACCUCUCCUCUCCGUCUCGAUCCCAAGGGCAAGAAACCCAUGUCGGUAGCAGACGAACGACUUGCUCGGAUCCGCGCAGUCCUGGUGCCUGCCAACGGCGCGGUUUGCUUGCUGCUGGCUGUCCUGUAUUGCUUCAUCGGGGCUGGAUCCUCGUAUGGGUCUCGGCCGGUGCUGUAUUUAAUCCCAGGGGCCAUGCUCGUGACCAUUCUUCUCGCACAACAGGUCAUGCUCUCGGUCGACCUCACAUCUCUCAAAGAUCUCCAGUACGAAUACAAAGGCGCUUAG